AUGGCACAGAUUUUAACCAACAUAUAUGACUGGUAUAGAGACCUCAUGGACAAUCAGAGCGAUCCUCGGGUCGCAGAUUGGCCGAUGAUGUCGUCGCCCUUUCCCACUCUAGGCCUUUGCAUAUUUUAUGCGUACUUUAGCAAAUCGCUAGCACCAAAGCUGAUGGAAAAGCGAAAACCAAUGGAUCUUAGGAAUACUCUAGUAAUUUAUAAUCUCUUCCAAACUAUCUUCAGUACAUGGAUAUUCUACGAGUACCUUCAAAGUGGAUGGGGUGGACGCUACAGCUUUAGAUGCCAGCCUGUUGACUAUUCAGAUAACCCACUCGCUCUACGGAUGGCCCGAACGUGCUGGUGGUACUAUGUCUCGAAAUUCACCGAGUUCUUCGACACGCUGUUCUUCAUCCUACGGAAAAAGACUCAGCACGUCUCGACACUGCACGUUAUCCACCACGGCUGCAUGCCGUUCUCGGUGUGGAUGGGUAUGAAAUUCGCCCCCGGUGGCCACAGCACAUUCUUCGCAAUGCUGAAUUCGUUUGUACACAUUGUGAUGUACUUCUACUACAUGGUAGCUGCGCUCGGACCACAAUACCAAAAGUACAUCUGGUGGAAAAAGUAUCUCACCGCAUUCCAGAUGGCCCAAUUCGUCGCCAUCUUCACGCACCAGUUCCAGCUACUGUUCACUGAAUGCGACUAUCCGAAGGGUUUCAUGGUGUGGAUUGGACUGCACGGUAUCAUGUUCCUGUUCCUGUUCUCCGAUUUCUACAAGCAGGCGUAUAACAAGCGGGUCGGACGCGCCAAAAGGGAAGCGGAAGCAUUGUUGGCUAAGUCGCAUGCCAACGGAAAGCUGCACAACGGCGAUGUCGUCAAUAACAACCAGGGUGCUUGCAUGCCCGUCCUGAACGAUGAUGACGAACUGCACCAGCGAAAGGUUACCGGGAAUGGAAUAUAUUUAAAUGGUGGUGCCAAAACAGCGAAUUCCUACAGCAAUGGCAAUUCGAACGGUUUUGUCGAAUCGAUUCAGCAGUCGAAUGGUGGCAUCGGCGAGAACGGGGGAGCACGGGUCCGGAAAAUCCAAUAA